AUGUAUAAAAAUAUGACAACAGAUAAAUAUACAUAUUUAAACAGCAAUAUGGAUAUGUAUUGGUGCGGUUUUAAUGGAUUCAACCAAUUGAACUCUGAACACAAUCAAAAUUUAGAUUUUCAUGAGUAUGAAAAUGAUUCAAUCCAAAUGGAUGGUGGAAUUCAGUAUAUAACAUUUUCUUGGAGUUCAGCUUCAAUUUUAACAGGUAAUGGUCACAUUUUUGUUAGUGGUCUAAUUCAUGACAAGAAAGUUAAUUUUGAAGUUCUAAAUAAUGAUGUUUGUGCACCUUUUAUAUCUGUUGCUACUUCGGAAACAAAUAUUUUAGCCUGUGAUACAACAAAAAAAUGUUGGUCAUAUUCAAAAGUUCAAAGAAAGUGGAGUAAUCUCACUCAAAAUUUACAGUCAGAAGUUCAAGUUUCAACAUCACAAAAUAAAGAGGAUUUUUAUGUACAUCAUGUGUAUUGUAGUGAUACUAUUCAUUUAGCUGUUUCUUUUCAUGAAGUAUAUUCAAUACCAACUAAAAUAUAUGAGUCGCAAUUAAAAGUAUCUCAAGUUGCAUGUGGGUUUGAACAUGUUGUUAUACUAAUGGAAAAUGGAUCAAUUUUUUCAGUAGGAUCUGGUAGUCGAGGUCAAUUAGGUCAUGGUGAGUUAAAUGAAGAAGAGAGACCAAGACUUUUAAACUAUUUAGAUGGCAUAAAAGUGAUCAGUGUCUCUGCUGGUGGGUGGCAUACAGCUGCAAUAUCAGAGUGCAAUGAUUUAUACAUGUGGGGUUGGAAUCAUUCAGGACAGCUAGGCAUUUGUAAUUCUCCAGAAAGUAAUGGAAUAUUGAUAGCUGCAGAACCAGUACUAAUAGAGUGGCCAGAGGAAACUGAAAUUGAACAAGUAAGCUUAGGGUCACGUCAUUCUAUGGUACUAUCUAAAAAAAAUAUACUUUGGGGUUGUGGAUGGAAUGCUCAUAAACAAUUGGGUAUUGAAACAUAUGAGCUAAUUUGUGACAGAAUGAUAAAUCUUAGUCUAUUGUCAUCAUUAUUUAAAUAUAAUAAAAAAAAGAUUGUAAAAAUCGAAUGCAAAGCAUGGAAUAGCGCUGUGUUACUAAAAAAGUAAAAUCUCAAACUUGAAGUAAAAUUGCAUUAAAUUAUUUUCUCUCAUUAAUAUUUUAUGUGAGUAAUCGGGGAAAAUGUUUUAGAUGGUCAAUUACUUAGUUUUUUAUUCUAAAUUACUAUUUUAAUUCAAAAAAUAUCUAUACUUCCUCAUUAUUUUUCAUCUUAUUUUACGACAUUGUAUGAAACUUUAAUUUAAAUUUGGUGACAAAAUACUUUCUAUAAUUUAAAUAUUAAUUUUUAUCAUGUUAGAUCUUUACAAAUUAGCUAAUCCUAUCAAAAUUUUGGGCUUCAAUUAUAUCAAAAUACAAGAUUUGAUAAUUUUUGAAAGAAAAUUUAAUGAAUUUAUUUUUUUACUAUACCAAAUUAUUUUACUAUUUUUAAUGUACAUAUUUUGUAGUAUACUUUAUUAGAUUUUGAAAUAAAUUUUUAUUUGAUUUGA